GUGUUAUUGUUUUGCAGUCGCGGGAAGGCUGUGCGUCUCGUUUACUUGACUGGUCUUCACGUGGUCUGUUCGGGAUAACUACCUUCCAGUAGUUUACGCGAUGUGCUACGUUUUUAAAAUUCAAGUUCGUUGGUACUCAUGAACAGUGCUGUCGGAGACAUUAAUGAAAUAUAUAUUUUGUGUGCGCGCGCGUUCGGAAUAGUCAGGAUUUUUGAACUGAGUGGAAUAUGCUUGAGGCAUCGCAUUGUGAUACUGAGUUUGCGUACAUCUUGACGGGGGUAAUCUGCGUGAUGGCAUCAGUGAAAAAAUAAACAUCCCCCUCGGCCCAAGGAAUCUAAAAAAGGUUGAAUAAAACAGUAAGAAAAUCAGCAAUCGUUCCAAGACCCCAGAGAGCUGACACCGAGGGAGCAGCCAGUCGUUUUAGCCAUGAAUCAACUGUGUCGAGUAUGCGGGGAACUGGCAGCUGGCUUCCACUUCGGCGCCUUCACCUGCGAGGGCUGCAAGUCCUUCUUCGGAAGGAUGUACAACAACGUCUCUUCGCUGGGUGAAUGCAAAAACGAAGGUCGCUGCGUCAUCAACAAGAAAAACCGAACGACUUGCAAAGCUUGCCGUCUGCGCAAAUGCCUCCUCGUCGGAAUGUCCAAGAGCGGAUCAAGAUACGGCAGAAGGUCAAACUGGUUUAAGAUCCAUUGUUUGCUACAGGAACAAACACUCUCUCCCUCGGCUGAGAAUGGUGAAAGUAAUCUCGCGUUACAACACGCGAAAAUCAGCCUGCAGGACCUUUCCUCCAAGAUCACCGAGAGCAAAAUCGAUCGAGAAGCCGAGAUUACGGAGGAAACGCAACUCAGCCCGAAAGGAGGAAGCAAUAAUUCGGACAGUCCUACUCUGAGCAGUCCAGAGUCUCAUCUAUCAGACAAUUCCUUGGAAAUUUCCCUUGAUCAUCGCGGGACCCCCGCCACCUCCCCUUUGGGUCCGAAACUUGGGUCGCUCAUGCGCACUACCUCGGUGUUAACCAACCCAGGUUCACCCUAUUACCGCCUAUCCCUGUACCCCUAUUUGUACUCGAUCUUGAACAUAGCGACGCCGCCGCAUUUCUCAGUACCUUUACAAACGCCCUCCUCCCACUAUCAGACUCAUUCCCCGAGAUUAACGUCGCCCCCCCAGCCUCAUCUAAACGUGACGAACGAUUGCUCUCAAAUUUUCGGCUACGAUUGUGAUAACUCGCGUUCACCGCUUCCCGAGAAACUCUCCGCUUACACCCCAGCGUUUGAAACUGGGCUAAGAACUCCCGUGAAAGAGGAAAAGAGUGAGAGACCCCACUUCGAAGCAAGGAGACUCAGCCUAGGAGGAACCGCUGAUGGAUGCUUCCCCACCGGAACUCCCGAAUCCUUCUCGUGUUUAUUGGAAGGAGACGAGGCAGAAGACGACGAGCAGAAGGAACCCAUUGACCUUUCUGUAAAGCGCAAAGCGACCUCCUGGCCUAAGGACCCCGAGGAGGAGGUUUCGCAUUCCGGUUCGCGUUUGUUGUCCUACAGCAUGAAAGUGAUGGCGUCUACGAUCAGUCCCAGAAGUGAACAAGACUUUACUAGUCCCAUCGAUUUAUCUUUAAGCUUGGCGUCGUAGUUAAAGAGCUAUGGAAAAAACUUCACGUAAUUUAAUCAUUUGAAUGACCUUAUGACUUUUUGUUGUAAAUUAACUGGUUUAGUGGACGUAUUCCCAAGAUAAAGACUUGAAAACGUCCUCGAAUUCAUGUACUGGUGCGUCUGACUGGGAAAAUUCAGUGCGGUGGACAAAAAAGAAAAAAAAAGUAAAGAAAAGUGAACGAAAAUGAAGCCGUCAUUUGGGAAAUGAUCCACGACCCGUUAAACUCACAAAACAGUAAAUUGCUUUUCAUUGUUGUACAAAACUGAAGUGAAAAUGCUGUCCUUCAAUUAAAGAUAAUGAGGGCAAAUUACGAGGGAAAUUGCCCUUCACCGUUGUGUAAGUUGUUUUAGCUACCAAGGACUCGCCAGAAAACUCCAGUAAGUCAGGAAAUUGGCAGAGAAUAAUUAAAUCUCGGUACUGCGGCAAAGGCAACGUAGCUGAAAUGGAUGUAAGUGGUGGCCUCUAAAACGAAGUAGGCUAGAAAAAAGAAGCAUAAAAUAUGUUCCUCCUUUGUUGAUAGACUGAAUUGAAAGCCUCUUUACAACCAUAUUCAAAAGUUCCACCGUAUUUUGUCUGGGACAAAGGAAAAUACAAAGCGAAUCAUUUCUUCAGAUAUCUUAGCGUUAGUUUUGAAAAAUGCUCCUUUUGAUCUUACCGAAAAUGUGAUAUACUUUUAUUUAUUCUUAUAUUAUCAUUUUUAUCUAGUUUUAACGUCAAUAUAGGUGUACCAUCUACUUUUAAGGUCAUGUUUUAUCAGGCGUUGCUCAUGAACUUUGUCAACUAUGUCAACACUCGCAAGGCAUCUGCAAGUUGAACACAGUUUUGUCAUUGCAUUCAAUAAUCCUGGAAAACCUACACGACAGUCUUGAUACUGAAGAGAAAGGAACUCGGUAACACUGUAACUGCAUUUGCAUUCUUAUGCUUGAUAAUUGCUUUAGUAAUCAAUUAUUAGCUGAUUAUUGAUUCGGUAAUCGAUUAUCAACUGAUUAUUUGUUAAGCAAUCAAUUAUUAGCUGAUUAUUUGUUCAGUAAUCAAUCAUCAGCUGAUUAUUGCUUCGGUAAUCAAUUAUCAGCUGAUUGUUGCUUCAGUAAUCAAUUAUCAGCUGAUUAUUUCUUCAGUAAUCAAUUAUCGGCUGAUUAUUGCUUCAGUAAUCAAUUAUCAACUGAUUAUUUGUUCAGUAAUCAAUUAACAGCUGAUUAUUGCUUCGGCAAUCAAUUAUCAGCUGAUUAUUGUUUCAGUAAUCAAUUAUCGGAUGUUGCUUCAGUAAUCAAUUAAUAGCUGAUUAUUGCUUCAGAAAUCAAUUAUCAGCUAAUUACUGCUUCAGUAAUCAAUUAUCAGCUGAUUAUUGCUUCAGUAAUCAACUAUCAGCUGAUUAUUGCUUCAGUCAUCAAAAUCAUCUUUUUCAUCAUCGUCAUACCGGUGAUUUCUAAUAUUAAGAUCGUCAGCAUCAUCAUCAUUUCAAUUAUUUUAAUCAUAUUCUUCCAGGACCCUUUUCCUGGAAUGUAAUUUGUGGUAAAGAGACUUUUAUAUAAACAAAGAAUAAUAGCAUAAGUAUGAAUGUCAUUUUGUUGUAAAUGAUAUCUUUGUGGUUCGCUGCUGUAUUGUGGCAUAGAAUAUGUUGUCAACAAUGACGCACAUAUUCUUUUUUUUUUCUUUCUCCUUGACAGAAAUGUCUUGAGAUGAGGAUAAUUACUUUCCCUGAAACUUGGGUACUUUUUUUCAUCAAGUAGAAAGAGAGAUACAGGCACAUGUGCUCAAAUUUACUACUUCUGCAACUGCAAGAAAAGGAAGGUAAGGUGAGAUCGAAAAACAUAUUUGAGGAGUUUCUCAUCUUUGGCGGCGCAAGAGAAGGGGUUAGAUAAACCAUUAAGAAAUAGAUAAAAGUGAACAAUACAGGAAAACUAACAUCUAAAAGAUUGUGUUGGUUUUUUUAAACAAUCGAUACGAGCGUCAUGGGUUUCAUUUGUCUUCUGUUCCAAUUUUUAUUUUCAUUUUAUUUUCUUAGAAUAUUUUCACUAAUAUCUUAGUGACAAACUUGGAAAAUGUCCUCGCCCUGUGACUAUCGUGAGGGAGUAGCUUAAUCCUGAAUACCAGACUGUUACCUUUCACCUCUAUUGAUCAUAGAUUCUCUUGUCUAUCUUAUUCCCUCGAUAUUUGUUAAUUUCAUUCAUUUCCAUACGUUCCCACAGUCUCUCGUCAGCUCACUUUCCCGUAUCCCGUCUCCCAGCUCCUCCUCAAUCGCAACAUCCUACACUUUCCCUGCAACCCUCUCUCUCUCUCUCUCUCUCUCUCUCUCUCUCUCUAUCUCUCUCUCAGAGCGCAUGUGAAAUCGCUGGAAAAAUCUCGUAAACAAAAGAAAGAGACAGUGAGUACUUACGAAGCUGAAUCUCUUUCCACGGUUCGUGAUCCAAAUGAUGAGUCAUUAGAUGUGGACAUGCGCUGUGGAACUCACGACGGCAGGGAAAGAUCAUCAUCAAAAUACAGGGAGUUUCCGUUUUUGCCAUUUUUUGUUUAAGCUUGACGGCGUCGACUACGACGACGAAAGGUUACGAAGAAUGAAUGAAAGGCCUAGAGUCCAGAGGGGUAUUUAGAGAGCGGAGGGUAUUAAAAGAAAAUUUAAUUCAUCGAUGCCUGUGGAGUAACGCGACGUAACAGGGAGUCAGGAUAAUUAUUUUUGUGUGCUUUUUAGAUACAAAAAAAUUAUUUAACGUCCUAUUGGUUAUAAAACAGAUGAAAUGGAGUAGCGUGAAACGAGAAUAAGUUGUAGCUUAGUGAGUAAAGUAGAUAAAAAAUGAAAAGAAAAACGGAGAUUAAGCCAUAAGUUGUAAAGCCAAUCCUCCCCAUAUCGGGAAUACAAAAGAAAAGAACAAAUACAAGAGUAGCUCCCUUCUUACUCCCCCACAACUACCAAACUCCCUCCUACUCCUCCCUCUACAAAAAAAAAAAAAAAAAAAAAAAAAAUUACGGAGUAGUUUCCUAAGCAACCAUUGGAAAUAGGUACACGGUAGAAAGUACAAUAAUUUGUAAGUCAACAUAGGACGAACAGCAGUUUAAUCUGAGAGAGACUGGUUUGCGCAAGAGCCCUCUUCUUCUUCUUCUUCUUCUUCUUCUUCUCUCGUGAGAUGCUGUUUGUCCGAGGAUAUAGGUUGGCAGCACCAGGAGAUUUCAAAGCUACUGUUUUGCUUCGCGUAUUCAUCGUUAACCGUAAUUUUUACUUAAGGUUACUUUAGCCUAAAAUGAGGGUUAAAUUAUUAUUUAACGUUAAAAAGUUGUGACACUUCGUGGUUAAUGAGUUCUGUCUUAUUAAAAGGCAUUGUUUUGCUAUCUAUAAAUAUUGGCCUAUAAACCUAUAUGUUGUAGAGUAGCAAUGCUUUGUCUAGCAUAACUAUUUCCUUAUCUCGAAUGACAAAACUCUUACGUGAUAAAUGAUGCUUCUAUUAUGUACGAACACUUAUAAAGAGGAGGCAUUAAUCAAAUACCAUAUUACACUAUUUCCCAUUUAUCACAAACCUUACCAAUCUUUAGCACAUAUAUAGGGAUUAAAGAAUAUUUGGAGUUUGUCAUAUGCUUGAAUGUACAAAUAUUACAUUUUGUUAUAUGCUUGGAUGUACAAAUAUUACAUUUUGUGCAGCAGAUGAAGUCACACUUACAAGGCGACCCAGAGUCAUGUUACUCAGAGUAAUGACAUCGUCUGUGCGCGUGUAUGACGCGAAAGUUACAUAAUGUAAAGAAACUAUGCGAGAGCAACAUCACCUCAAGUUCGCAUCGCACGUUCAUUGCUCGUGCAAUGUCCACGAAUACGUGUCCCGUAUUGUUUUUGCGUGACUGGAGACAUUAUUUUUUUUCUUUGCAAUGGGGAUGUGGGAGUAGGUCAGGGGGAGAGCGGGGUGGAGGGGUUUACCCACCGUAGAUGUACUUGCGUUAAAAAAAAUCGCAAUUUAUGUUUUUCUUCGUAGGAUGGUCCAUCUCUUGCCUGGGGGAAAGAAUUUGGUCUAUUUUUUUUUUCUUACUUUCUCUUCUUCUUUUCACUUCUUUAUCAUUCAAGGCUCCAAACUAGACGUCUAUUUGAUCACAUCUUACAAAACGUCAAAAGAAAGUCAUGUGAGUCGUAAGGGCUAUGAACUACCAUCUUAAUAUACCUUUUUUUUCACUUUCAUUAUAAGUGUGUCACGAUUUCCAUUGAGAUAAAACCUUUUUGAUUUUACAGUAAGUAACGGGGACUCAAUCUAUAUUCACGAUGAAUAACAAAACAAACAAACAAAUGAGUAAAGUGAGUAAUUAUUGACCUAAGAGAAAAAUAAUCAGGCAAAAUUAUCACUGCUUCAUUUUCUUAUAAACAUAAACAAUAUUUAAUGAGUUAAUUUUUUCUAGACUCUCAGUUGGUCAAUGCCUAUUUUUUUCUAGACUCUCAGUUGACCAGUGUGCUUGGCAGCACUUCAUAAACCGCCUAUUGUUGAAAUGCCACGGUGCUCUCUCCUUGCCUCGCUUUGUUUGCAAUGACAUUAUUCCUUCAGGAGUUCUUUGGUGACUUUUCAGCUUAUAUCAGGUGAGGUGAUGACUGAUGCUGGAAGAUUUUGUAGUCUACUCUAUCCUUGUUUUUUUUUUUUUUUUUUUUUUUUGCGUGGAGAGACAAGUAUCCUAAUAGUGUAUAUUGUCAGGAGGGUGACAUUUAUUAGGCCGGUUUAACCUUGCGUAUAUGGGUGUGUGUAUGCGUAUAGGACUAGAUAAUAAACAACAAAUAAUGUCAGUAAUACUACCAAAAUGGAACUAUGUAACAUGCUGAAAGCAUGUUGCAUAUAAAAGCGUUACGAGAGCAAUAUUCUCAUGACAAUAAAAGUCCAGAGACUAAAGGUUCUGUAUUACGAGGAGAUUCUUAAUAAAUUCUGUGUAUGUGUGUAUGUGGAGGGGGGUGGGGGGUCGUGGGGGUUGGUAGGCUGCUUUCUCUCGCACUGCAGAACCACAGAAGAGGCUUUCAGUUUCGUAUUGCUGCUGUCAGAGGAAAGACCACUGACACAGUAGGGUGUAUGAGUUUAGUAAAAUCGCGCCUACCCGGCGUUACGUUUUACGGUAAGUCUUUUGCCCUUCAGGUCUCUCGGCUGUAGUCAGAGCUGUGCAGCAAAGAGCAACUAAGCUAGAGAUUGUAACUUAUUCAGUCGAGGCCACGGAAAAGUUUGCUGCCGUAUAUUCUUGGAGUUAACCAUACCGGGUGUCCAUAAAGUCCCAGUACCAUUCUGAGCCAUAAAUACUUGGAAUGGUACUGGGACUUUAUGGACACCCUGUAUAAUGGUUCUGCAGUUCCUACAUGAUCCUAUCUUUAAAGGUCGCGAAGCAUGACCGCCGACUAGUUCAAGGGAUACGUACAUGAUGAACUAUUUUGGGGUCCGACUCACACACCUGAGUUAAAUUGUGACCUGUUUAUAUAGUAGCAUGUAACUUUCACCCAUAUAAUGAGACAAGACACAGUUACACACCACAUAUGUAUAUAUUCAUAUUUCCGUAUUCACAUAUAACCCUGUUUUCACAUAUUUAUUUAAAAAGACCUUCUUGCUUUAAGCUAAGUAAAAUAAAUUAUUGCGAUUCGGAGAGAAAAAUAAAAAUUUUUAAUGAUUUUUUGAAAAUUUUUUCUCUUUCAGUGUUGGAGUAUUUCUACGUAUGUUUAGUCUUAGUUCAGUAAUUAAUG